GGAAGCGGCGCCCACGCCUCGGUCUUUGCUCCGGAACAUUUCGGAACUUUUCACUUUUAUUUUUUGAACAGUUCGGACCCGGAGCGUCCGCGGAGUCUCAGUGACAUGGAGGAGGAGGAGGCAUGCAGCUUCCUCACCAGGUUCACGGAUGAAUUCCCCACUGCCCUCGAGCAAGACACUCCUCUGCCAGCCAACCCCCUGAGCCCAAAGGUCUCACUGCACGAACUUCAUGGAGAAAGUCUGGACCUGGGACUGAGACUGCUUUCUGCAAGAGGAGCUCCUCCCCUCCUGGCGUCGCUCCUCUGUCACUCUGCUGUCUCUGAGCUGCUGCAGAGCGACCUGUCCACGUUCCACUGCCCCCUGGAGGACGAGCACCACACUGUCUUAUUACAGUCAGCGCCAGUUCAGCGGUUGUUUGUGAACGAGCUCAUAAAUGCCGCCCUCCGGUGGCAGCAGAAUGUUCCUGCACUGCCUGCUGUGUCCCGCCCCCUCGUGUCAACGCACGCCAUCAGGAACGCACGUCGCAAGAUGGAGGACAAGCACGUGGUCAUCCCAUACUUCAGUCAGCUGUUUGGGCUCAAUGACGGCAUACAGCGUUCGUAUUUGGCGGUCUUUGACGGACACGGCGGCGUAGACUCCGCCUCCUUCGCCGCGGUGCAUCUCCACGUGACACUGAGUCGGCAAAAGGAUCUGACUUCUGACCCAGAGAGUGCCUUUAAACAAGCCUUUACCCAGACUGACCAAAUGCUCCAGCAGAGGGCGCAACGAGAGCGUGUGCGCAGUGGCUCCACCGCUGUGGCUGCUCUGAUACAGGGACAGCGUCUUCUGGUGGCCUGGCUCGGAGACUCUCAGGCUCUGCUUGUGCGCAAUGGGACAGAAGAAGAGAUCAUGGACCCCCACAAGCCUGACCGAGAGGAUGAGAAGAGGAGGAUCGAGGACUUGGGCGGCUGUGUGACCUUUAUGGGGUGUUGGAGAGUAAACGGGACCUACGCCGUGUCCAGAGCCUUUGGUGACUUUGACCAGAAGCCGUACGUGUCCUCUGAAGCAGACUGCUGCUCUCUGGAGCUGCGGGGGGAUGAGGACUACCUGUUGUUGGCCUGUGACGGCUUCUUUGACUCGGUCAGACCCAGCGCUGUCCCUAGGCUGGUGCUGGAGGCCCUCAGGAACCUGGGCCCCGAGGUUGAGACCGGACCAGGACCAGAAACUGGACCAUGGCCAGAGCCAGGAGCAGACUCAGGACCAGGACUGGACUCAGGACCAGGACCGGACCCAGACCCGGAGCAGGCGGCCCUCAGAGUGGCUCAGGUUCUGGUGUCUCGGGCCAAAGAGUCGGGCUCCAGUGACAACAUCACCGUCGUCAUCAUGUUUCUAAGGUCACCACGGGAGAUACUACGGGACUCGGCCUCCUCGGAGUGAACACGCCCCCUGACCCUAACCCUGACCCCCAUUCAGGCUCCGCCCCUGACACUCAUGUGGUCAUCGGGAACUCAAGAAACUGUCAGAUUAUUAGUUGGCAAAAUUAUUUUGUUGAAUCAUGUGUAAGAAUUCUCCCAGUGCGAGGUCAUCAGUGCGAGGUCAUCACUGUGGGAGUCUACAUUCAAACCUGAUGCACUUGAGUGAAUUACAGCCAAAAUAAUCUAUAGUCUGUGAUUUUAUUUUAUAGACAUACACAAUUUUAUUACUGGUCACAUCAAGAUCCUAACUUUCUGACAUAAAACCAUAUGAACGCAGCAACACCCUAACCCCGCUCCCUAAAAUACCCUAAUCCCCACUCCAUUAUACACCCUAAUCCCGCCCCCGAUACACCCUAACCCAUCCCAUGAUACAUCCUAACCCUGCCCCAAUAUACCCUAACCCCGCCCCCCUGACACUCUCUAACCCCGCCCCCUGAUGCACCCUAACCCCCACCUCUUGGCCUGAGUGAGGACUCCCAGGAUGCACUGUUCUCAGGACCAGUUUUUUAUUCUAACAAGUAUUUGCGCAUCAGUAUUUUCACAUAUUUAUACUUCAGAUUUUAUAAAGUACAGAAUUUCUCAGUAUUUGAUUUUUUUUUUUUUUAUUUAACCUGAACAAAAAGGUCCAAAUGGAGUUCACCAAACUGUUACACGUCUCAAAA